AUGGCUAAUGUAUCAUUGCCUUUAAAAAUUGAAAGGGAAUAGCUUAUAUAAAGUAAUUCAAGCAAAUCUUUAAUAGCCAUCUCAAAUGGACAAUUCGGUAUUGAUUCGAGCGAUUCCUUGCAAUCAUCAGGACUUAUAAUGAUAGAUUAUAAUGACGAAGAAAACCCAUCAAUAAUGAUUAAAGAUUUUGCUCUAGAUAAUAUUGAUGGAUCUGCUGGAUUUUCAGAUCAACCCUCUCUAUAUGUUUCACUAAGCACCAUUUAUGUUUCUAAUAUCCUGCUUUAGAGAAUCGACUAUUCAAGUUCCUAAUAAUAAUUGCCAACUAACUCGCUCUUAAAAUUUGAAAAUUUUACAAACUUAACAAUUAAUGGAUUUAAGACAAGUGCUUUAAAGUAGGUUGGAACCCUUAAUUUAAAACAACUAAAUGAUAAAAUUUAAUCAAUCCAAUUACAAGAUUUAACGAUAAAUGAACUUUAUUUAAACAAAGCAGAUUAAAAUUUUCUGAACUCAUCAGGUAACUAAACAAUUAUAAAAUUUAUUAAUUGCAAAAUUCAAAACAUUAGUAAUUAAAAUGGAGGAGGAGUAUUUAUCGAUUUGAAAUACAUUUUCAAAGUUUAAUUUAGCUUGGAGAACUGUAUUUUCUAGGAUAUAGAUGGAUUUGAAAGUCUAUUUAAAAUUGCAGCAAAUAAUGUUGAAAUUUCACUGAAUAACUGUACUUUCAAUAACAUUUCUACUUCUAGGAGUAUAUUUGAUUUGUACUCAGAGAUUGCUUAAAUUUCUAUCUUUAAAAGCAAUUUUAUAGAUUUUUCAGAGAACUCAGUAUUGUCUGAAUUAUUUGCAAACAAACUUAAUGGAUAGAUUUCAAUUAGAACAUAAGAAUGCUUUUUCUAGAUCUAUAUUAACACAAUCGAUCAGCCAAUUUUAAAAAUUAAUACAGCAAACUCUUACAUUGAUAUGGGAUCAUAAUUUCAAAUAAAGAUUAAUUUUCCUGAACUGCAAAGGUUUAAGUUAUUUUAAUGUACAAGUUGCAACUUGAGUAUUACAGAUUCUAGCUUUAUAUUUGAGAAUUUAAUAUAAUAUCAGAUACCCCUCUUGAUUUUAGCUGAUUAAGCCGUAAAUGUCUCCGUUUCUAAUGCCACUUGUAAUUUUGCUUUGGACUAAUAUUACCAAAUAAUUUGA